GGUGGCUGGUACCCGUAUGUUAACUAGAAGCUAGGAGCUAGUGCCCAGUCAGUGGUUUACCUUCAGCAGGACCUAAUGAGGCUGCUGCAUCCUAAGAAAGAAAACAAGCAGUAAGCAUAAAGCCAGAGAUGAAGAGUGCAGCAGGCGUGCCAUUUUUAUUAUGGUGCCACAGAACAGAUCCAAGACAGCCCUCGGGUCUUAAACCAGGAAGGAAUCUGAGAAAGCUUGUGGAGAACAGAGUAGUCAACCUAGAAAGCUGGUGCCCCCCUAAUGAUGCCCACUUUGUACAUUAGUAAGUAGGUAGUCUGGUCGGUCCUGAUUAAUAGUGACAGCAGAAAGACUCCAAGUGUGGGUCAGUAAAAUGACAUGGCCCUUUUUUGGUUAUUUUGAGUAAUAUGGGAUUAAACAUGUAGCUUAUUACUGGAACUCAGAGACCAAAAAUGCUUCAUUAUUUGGUAUUUGGAAAGUUUAUAGUACAUGCGUGUGUUGGCUCAGUUGUAUUUGGCAAGUGGUAUUCGAGCCAGCCAGUACUGGCCUCAGUCCUCUGGCCUCAAUUGGAUAUGUAUCUUAAUCCAGUAUAUUUGAAAUAUGCAAGGUAAGGAACAGUGAGAACACUUUAAAAAGAAAAGAAAAUUACUCUGUGGAAACCUGGCUGGUCUUAGUCAUGUGACCUAAGAUUAUUUUAUAGAAAUAUAAUCAGUGGUUUGUUGUUUUUUUUUAAAGACCUCCCCCCGCUGCCUUUGUAAAACUUUUCAUUUGCGCUUUUGAGAUUUGUUGAUGUAGAAAGUCCUGUGUUCCUAACCAACCCUAACUGGAAGUACUGUCUUAGCUUGCUGCUGUAGUACUUUUUAGGACAAAAAGUCUUUUAAAAGCAUGAAAAUAGCAGCAGACGGGUCUCGUUUGCUUUGGCAGGGGGAACAGCUUUCCCUCCCAAGUAGCUCUGGGUAAGACCUAAUCUCCAGAGGUGAUCUUGUAAGGCCCAAGUUCCAAGUGACAGCAGGCGACUCUGCAUUUAAAGUACUCAGUGUUACCUCCUUGUUAUUUUUGCGAGUUUACUUUCUAGGAAGCAGUUUACAAAUGGCCACCACCCAUUUCCUGUCUUUUUCUCAGGUCAUUCAGCAUCUGUAGCUGCCAGGUGGGAUCAAGAGGCUCUUGUGGUCUUCCUUUGGGACUCCCAAGGGGGAUGGUUUCUGCCAGUACAGCACAUUAGCCCAUGGCAGCUGGAGAAAAGCUGUCUGAGGAAAUCAUGUACUCAUGUUUUCUGGCUUUUGGGUGUCUGGCAUAUAUAGUAAGAUAUAAAAACAUGCACCCAGCUGGCUCCACAGACUGAUGAAAGUUGGAAAGGGGUUUCUAAGUGUCACUGUAUAGAAACACCAGCAUUUGUCAGUGGUUUCUUGCUUCUGAAUAGACACUAGAUGGGAACAGAAUGGGGCGGGUGAAUCAGACGGGUCCCUUGUCUCAAGGAAGCCUCAAAGUGGAUCGCAAGUGCCUGUUGACACUGAUUUUUGGUGCCAGCAUUUGCCUCCUGUUUUUUAGCUCCUCAUUUCACAAGGUGGGUGACAGACUCCCCAUUAGUGGCCAAUGCGACAUUUCUCUGAGUGGGGCUCCCUGACCCAACCAGCCGCAGCAAUGAGCCAGCUCGCUCUGGUCUGUUUUCCAUAUGCUAGGGCCUGUUGCUGGCCCUCCAGAGAUCAAACUAAGAUGACUAAGGAGAGGCAGGCCUGCAAAAAUAGUAUGAUCUUUCACCCCUUAUUCAGACUGGGGCAGUCCCUGCUUUCUCUCCUCCUUUUGGACUUCUUGUCUUAUUUUCCCUCAGGUCUGAUAGGCUUGGGCAAGAGAUAUGAGAGCUGUUUACUAAGCAGGCUUGCAAUUUUAGAACUUUAGCCUCUUUGCAUGCCCAAAAGUGAAGGUGGUCCCAGAACAUUAAACUUGGAAGGACAGGUCUAGACUCUCAUUUUAAUGUUGGGAUCACACAGACUCAGCGAGGUUAAGUCACUUGUUUAAGGGCCCACAAUGCUUAGAGACACCAGACCAGAAACAAGGCUUCCUGGGAGUUCACUCUGUAUCUCUGGUAUGCUUAGGUGUUGCUAAUGUACCAUCUCCUUGGGAGAAAGGUAUCUUUGGAACACGUCAUAGGAGAGAAUAGUAGUGAGGCCAGUGUUGAAGAAUGGAGAGUAUAGACUCAGACUGCCUGCAUUUGAAUCCUUUCCUCUGUAGACUGGCUCUGGGACUUCAGGCCAAAUCCCUUAAACUCUUUAGUUCUCUCUGUAAAAAGAAUUAUAGUAUCUUCCUCAUACGGUUGUAGUGGGUUAAAUGUGACAGUUAAUGUGAAACCCCUCAGUACAUAUGUGUCAUUUAAAAGAUACCACUAUUACUAAAUGUUUUAAAUCUCCUUUCCACGUGGACCAACCAGAUUGGCCCUUUGACUCUUUGCUUUCCAUGUGGUGUUUCCAGUCAUUUAAAGACCAAAUAAGACCUACUUCUCUGAAACUUUCCCACAGGCUAGACUUUGGACUCUGACAGGCUGGUUUUAUUUCCUAGUCCCCUGCUUAGUAGUUAAGAAACCUCUGUUUCUUCAUCAGUAAAAACUGACAAACUAGGUGGCUGUGAGGUCAAAGGCGAUGAUGCAUAGGAAGCAUGCAGCCCCGUGUUCCGUACACAUCACUUCCCCUUAGUCAGCCCUCCACCUUUCUUUCGGUAACACUAGUUCGCACACCUCUCUCCUUUUCCUGUCUCCAGACACCCUGUGUCUUCGUGUGGUUUAGCCCGUCAUGGUCAUUCUCUUCCGUAACAGGUCCUUCUGUCUUAGCAGUAGAUAAGGGACUUACCUGAUCUUGCUUCGUAGAACUGCCUACAGGAUAGAUCAGCUCCUGAUCCCUCUUUGGAGCCAGAGCAUCCACAGGGACCACAGCCUCUGGAUCGCCCCUGGCCGGCAGUGCCAGCUCCAGGCGUGGGGCCAGGCAGGCAGCCAAGCCCAUCCCCAGGAACAGCAGCCAGGGCUGGCACUGUGAAGGGGGAGGGGAGGCUGGGGCUGAUGUGCAGAAAGAGGGUGACAGGAUCAUUUGGAGCCGAGGUUGAAGGAGAAGAGCUGGAGGCUGAUUCUAGUCCAGCAUAAACUGAGCAGUUACUGGCAUCCAUCUUUCAGGUGGGCUGGCUCCUCUGGCUGAUGGCAUGUUGAGGCACAUGGGCCAGUGGCAGCGAGAGCAUCUGAUCCAGAGGGGGCCACUCUAGAGGCCAGGCUACCAGCACCAUGGGCCAGUGUGUCACCAAGUGCAAGAAUCCCUCAUCAACCCUGGGCAGCAAGAACGGAGACCGUGACCCCAGUAGCAAGUCACACAGCAGGCGGAGUGCAGGUCACCGUGAGGAACAGCCACCAGUCUGUGGCAAGCCAGGUGGGGAUAUCCUUGUCAAUGGGACCAAGAAGGCAGAGGCUGUCACCGAAUCCUGCCAGCUGCCAGCGUCCUUUGGAGAUGCUGGGAGGGAGCCCAAGUCCAAUGCUGAGGAGUCUUCCCUGCAGAGGUUGGAAGAACUGUUCAGGCGUUACAAGGACGAGCGGGAAGAUGCAAUUUUGGAGGAAGGCAUGGAGCGCUUUUGCAAUGACUUAUGUGUUGACCCCACGGAAUUUCGAGUGCUGCUCUUGGCUUGGAAGUUCCAGGCUGCAACCAUGUGCAAAUUCACCAGGUGCUGUGAGUGCCACGCCGGGGAGCACCUUUGGUGUCUGCCUCUGUCACUAUAUGAAGCCAGUUGCCCCUUCCGGCUCUGCGUAUAUGUCCCUCAGCCAGCACGCACACCAGAAAGGACUGCGGGCCCCAGUGACCGAGCAGUAGUUGUGCGCAUUGCCAUGGUCAUGCAUCCCAGUAGAGGUUGUUUGUGGAGAAGGAGGAGCAGGGUCACCUCAAGGAAGGAGUUUUUUGAUGGCUGCAAAGCAAUAAGUGCAGACAGCAUUGAUGGGAUCUGUGCACGGUUCCCUAGCCUCUUAACAGAAGCCAAACAAGAGGAUAAAUUCAAGGAUCUCUACCGGUUUACAUUUCAGUUUGGCCUGGACUCUGAAGAAGGGCAGCGGUCACUGCAUCGGGAAAUAGCCAUUGCCCUGUGGAAACUAGUCUUUACCCAGAACAAUCCUCCAGUAUUGGACCAGUGGCUAAAUUUCCUAACGGAGAACCCCUCGGGGAUCAAGGGCAUCUCCCGGGACACUUGGAACAUGUUCCUUAACUUCACUCAGGUGAUUGGCCCAGAUCUCAGCAACUACAGUGAAGAUGAGGCCUGGCCAAGUCUCUUCGAUACCUUUGUGGAGUGGGAGAUGGAGCGAAGGAAAAGAGAAGGGGAAGGGAGAGGUGCACUCAGCUCAGGGCCCGAGGGCUUGUGUCCCGAGGAGCAGACUUAGUGGCUCUAUCCCAGGAACAGCAGCAGCAGCAGCAGCAAGGAUCUGCCUGUUGCUCUGCAGCCAACUGAGGGAUUGGACCUUUCUGGAAAUUACUGAAGAUCCAGAUAUUUUCUACUUUACACCUUUCUCUGCCUUGUAUCUGAAAGGGCUCUAAAAUGCUGUAUCAUGUUUUAGGCACUUUCUUCACUUUUUGGUUAUUUUGGUUUAUUUCUUUUUGGGGGGGGCCCCCAAAAUAUUUGAACCUGGCUACAUGUUGUGUAUCUUUUUUUCGAAGCCUUCAGAUAGAGUAAGCCUGCCAUUUCUUGCACAAAUUAGAUUUUUUUUUUUUUUUUGUGGGGGAGGGUGUAGAGCAGGGAGGGGGGAAUGGGACGGUUAGGUUGAAGUAACAUUACAAGAUGAUACAGUGCCAGAUCUCAGUUUUGCAUAUUCUGGUUUUCAGGGCAGGUCUGUACUGUGUGUAGUGCUGUUUACAUGGUUGGAUUUAGGUUAUAAUAAUUAUUUUAAAAGAUUUACACAGAAUUGAAAAGCAGUGUUAACUGUUAUCCAUAUUGCAUUAAUUCCCAGGCAAUUUAAAGCUCUUGGAGAGCCAAGGCCAGCCAAGAGCAUUUGUAGUCUGGUCACAACCCCCUUUUAAGCUAAUUUAUCCAAAACCCUUUUCUUCACUUCUUGCUCAUUCCUUCUUUGACCUAUUUCAUGUUGAGUUUAUCCAUCAACAUGCUGCACCUGUCAGUCAAGUGAGCAGUUUUUUUAGACCACAUUGUACUGAGAACCACUUAAGCAUUGAAUGCAGAGAAAGCAGUGCUACCUCAGUUUUGCUGGAAGUAGACUUUGAUACUUUUCUUUUUUUGAUGACUUUUCUGUAUUUUCAUGUUGUAGGUGAAAAUAUUUCCCCUUCCCCUCCCCCCCCCUUUGCCUUGGAGCCAAAGUUUCUGUUCCUGGUGGUCGGAAAACUGUGCCUGCCGGCCAACUGACUUGAAGGAAAACUGUGGUAUGGAGCUCUGCUUGAAUUUUUUUAAUUAAAAAAAAAAUUUUUUUUUUUAAUCAUCAGCUUACUUGUCUGGCAAGUGCAGAAGCCUGGGACUGGCCUGAACUCUGCCAAACAAAUAUAGAAGUGUAUUUAAUAGUUAAACGUGUGCCCUUUCCCUUCUUGCUGCACCCAUGUUGUCACUUAAUCCCCAGGAGUUAUUUAUUAUCUUUUUUGUUAAUGUCAGGCUCAUUUGGGGUAAUGUGAUGACUGUUUAGGUUUACAUGACCCUCCUCUCUUUUUCCCUGCCCCCAAAUAUGUAUAUAUACAUAUAUAAGAUAUGUAUAUAUUUUACCUAUAUAAAAUAUAUAUAUACACAUAUAUGUAUCUAUAUUCCUUUAUUUUCUUUGCCUGCUAAAACUGGCCAUAAGAGAGGGAGCUGCCUUCAAUAUAUAAAGCAUAAGAAGAGUGCCAGGGAACGUCAUAAAUGGAGGCUUUUCAAUAUGAAUUUGGACCAUUUUCACUAAAGAGAAGAUGAAUUUUCUCAGCCCUUUACUCACACGAGGGAGGCUCAGUUCCCCCAGACUCCUCCACGUGUUCGCUCCGCAAGGCCGGCUUUGGCCAAACUGCCACACAGGAGCUGACUCUGCUCCUAUUUGGUUUCGGUAGAGGGUCCUCUUGUUUUCCAUCUAAAAAAACAUCCUCGAAAAACUGUGCUGGAAGGGUGGGUGGCAGGAACUUGUACAGUUCAGCUUCCAACACUUUGGAACACAUUGAAAAGGGAAUCUUUUGAAUAAAAAGUUUUAAAAUAUUUAUACUCUUGAGGUAAAGAGAGUUUGUCUAUUAAAAUUUGGAGUUUUCCUCCCUAACUCCUCCCAUCUGCCUCCCAGAUAUGUUUCUCAGCCUGGGCAGGGUUUCCUUAUUUUGAGUCCUUUAUUAGUAGCCUUAUGGGUCCAGGCUCCCAUCUUUCCAAAGAGGAUUUAUAAUGAGUUUCUGCAGUUGAUGUUUUUCUAAGAUUGACAGUGACCUAGGAAAUGUAUUGGGAGCUUGAAUUUUUUUUUUUUUUAGAGCCCCUAAACCUUAUGGUUCCUCCUUCUAGAGGGCUGGAAGGGAAACUUUAAAAUCAGCCACAGCAAGUUAACAAUACUGCUAGAAAGCUGAAGAAGGUCUCAGGCCAGAUGUCUGGCUUUUUUCUUGCCCAAGACACAAGAUCCUUGGAAAGAGUUUCUAGCCCCUGCACCCCAUUCCCCUCCCAGAUUCUGUGGGCUCAGCUGUAGUCAGGCUGCCCAGGCUGAGGUCUUAUAGGGAGACUGCUUUCUCAUCCAGCCAGUCUGCAACCUCUAAUUCUUCCUGAUUCUAGACUGGGUCAAGGUUGAAAAGGGGGAAAGGCUGCUUCUCCUAGCCAGGUAAGGCUCUCUUCUUAGAUCACAAGGGUUUAUGGAGAGAAAGUGCACAAAAGAGGGAGGCACUGAGGUUCCUGAGGACUCUGGAGGAACUGGAUUCCUUCUCCACCUUACAUGGUGGCAUUCCAUGCAUUAGGUGUUCUAGCCUGGGUGGAUUUUGUAAAUUAACUAUUCAGUGUCCCCAUUCUCCACAGAAGAGCCAGUAAUUAUUUUCUAUUAUAUUUUUAAUGAUCUAUUUAUUACAGAAAUGCAAAUGAGAAAUGAGAAAAGGGAGCAGUUAGGGAAGAACAUAAAGGUUCCUUCCAGGUUUGACUUCCUGAUGCAAGGAAUUCCAGGCUCCACAGAAUCUCUGGGCCAAUGCUUGACCACAGGCAAAGCAGUUUUGCAAAGGGAUCCAAGAUGGGAUGUGUGUAGGAUUUGUAGUCCCAUUUCUGGGAAAUAAAAGGUCUCUGUUCCUUUUAACCUAGAAAUAGGGUUUCUGUUCAAUGAGUGAGCAGUAACUGUGUGGAAGAGGCCAAGUGCAGGCCCCUCAGGUAAGCCAGUGCACUCUUCACUUUAACAAUGUAACACCAGGGUGGUGUGAAGAGAGAGGCAGGAUGUGGAUUUUGAAAAUAGGCAAAUAUCUGAGGGUAACUACAACAAAUUCAGUAUGUAUUGGGAAUUUCUUAGUUUUUGGCAAAUGGCUGAGUUUGUGUUUAGCGAUUAGAAAGCUAUAUGAGAUGAAGCGUUGCUUCAUUGAAAUGCUCUUCCCCCAUCCCAGCCAUACUUGAGUGUAUCAUUGACCCCACCUAUUGUAAUGGCUGUGCUGUGCUUCAGCUGGUUGCCUCAGCAGUGUUCCCUCAUCUCUGCCAGAUGUGCCCACAUGUGUGAAAUGGGUCCCAGGCACCAUGUCUACCCUUCUGAUAAGAAAAAUUAGAGCUGAGUAAAGAUCCAAAUUUCAACCAAGCCCACAGGCCCAAAGAAAUCCAACUGAAAAUAUACAGGACGGUGUUUUCGAUAAUAAAACUUCCCUAAGGAAGGCACGAAGUAGCUUUCUUAGAAAGGAAGGGAUUAGGCCACAGAGUAAUCAGUGUUUGAAGCAGUCCUGAUUUCCCAGAGGGUGAUGCCAAAUUCAGUCCUCACGCUGGAGCUGGCAGGGUGUGGGUCUCCACAGUUCAUGUGAUGGCUUCAAAUACUGUACACAUGCUAAACUGCAUUAAACAACGGUGGCGAAUUACUGGGAUAAGGACUUGGGUCUAAAAGUUGAAGAACCAAAACAUCUGUAUUUAGGACUUUGGUUUGCCACAUUUAAAGUGAAGUCUUGAGUGUAGUGAAGCCCAAAAGUAGACCCAGUUAUGCAAUUAUAAAGGGCUGGAGAGAAGCUGCUGCUAGGUUUGUUUUAUUUUUAGCUGCCUGCUUUGCCAUUUUUCUUGUGUCUCUAAUGUUUGAUUAGUGAUGACUUGAAAAUCUUGGUAACUGACAAAGGUCUUCAUUGGUAGACUCUAGCAGUAUUGUGUUUAAACAGCUGGAAGGACUAUUAGAAGUUAUUACAGUGUGCUGAGAUUCAUUUGAGGACAUGUCACAUUGAUCCUCUACUUACUCCAUAAGUAAGUAGAAUCCUAUAGAGGGGGUUCCCACUCACCCCCUUUCAGAAGUUUAUUCCUAUGGUUAGCUGUAAUUAUAGCAUAUAUCCAGUUUAACCUGGGCUUGGGGCCAUGUUUUAGUGAGGAUCUGCAGGUGUUUUUUUUCUUCUUGAAAGGCAGGCUUGACAGAAGCCAAGAUGAUUCAAAUAGCUUUUGAGUAACCAUCAGGUGCUGCAGCAUCCACCUCCCUAUUCCUCUUGGAAACGAAGCCUGUUUUCACAGAUACCUUCUUCCACAAUGCACCUUCCCUUCUUUCAGUAUAAUCUUGGAUAUUGCCAAAGGAAGCCAUGCAACAGAA